AAGUUUAUAUCACAACAAUAUGGCGACCGAAAAUGUCAAGGGGGAUUCCACAGAAAAUUCACCGGGAUCUGAGAAUCCUGACAAUCAAGAGUAUUACGAACGCGUUAGAAAACUUUUGAGGCCUGUGGAAAACAGAUGGCAAUACAUUCAGAGCGUUCUUUUGUGGCAAAAACCAACGCAUUCGUUGAGCUAUUUUAUUGCGAUGACAAUUCUUGUCGGGAUCAUGGCAAGUGGGAAAUUCCGUUUGGUACUGCUGCUUAUAAUAAUAAUGGCGUCAUCACUUCUGAUGGAAGAUAUCAGAUGCAAGGUGUGGCAGUGUGUACAAGGUGGAUUUAAUGCACUUACUGAUGAAGACAGUCGACAAAUCACACUAUCUUUUCCUCGUCUCUGUGGAAGACUUGCUGCGAUUUGGAGUUGCCUCGCUACUUGGCGUGAAAAAUUGAACAAAUUGAAAGCUGAAAGCAGAUACAGGUACUAUGCAGUUCUAUUUGCACUUAUAUUGGUGGUGGUGUUUGCUUACCAGUACGUACCCCUGCUGCCAAUAUUUUAUGUGCAAGCUUGUGCAUUGUACCUUUGGCCUGCUAUAAAAUACAAUGGAAUACACAUAAGAAUGGAGAGGGCAGUUGAGCCAUUUUACCGACCAUUUGUUGUCCAAUGGCAAAAUACAAGGACCAAGAGAACAAGGGAUACUACAACAACAGGAACUAAAGGAGAAAUGCCAGCAGACAGUGAUGAUGAGUUUGCAAAGGAUUUAAGUCCAGUUACUGAUGACACAGUUGGCAAUCAAGAUAAAUUUGUCCCUCCACAAGAUGAAGCUUUCAGUGAAUCGGAACCCUCUUCCUCAGCACCACCGGUCGAGGUUAAACUUCUGGAAGGACUUAUUUCAUCUGCUAUAACUCAAGGCCUGAGUUCCAUUACAAGCAGAAAAGACAGCCAGGGAACAGAAGGAACUUCUGCACAAGAUACUCCAGAACAUGAAGGUGAAAGCCCAAGUCUUGACAGUUCUGCUGUGUUUCUGGAUAAUCUACAAUUUUCAUCAAUAAGUCAGAGUGGGGAUACUUUAGAGUUUGAGGAAGGCGAUUUUAUCAGGGGACUAGAAUUUCCAGAUAUUGAAAGAGAUUCAGAAUCCGACUCUGAGGUUGUUCAACCAGCUGGAAAAUCACAUGUGGACAGUAAGCCAACACAUUCAAAACAAACUGAAGAGGCAAUGGAUUUAAAAGAACAAGUUAACCUACAGACAUCAGAAACACUUGAGAGUGUUAUGAAAGAGAGUGUAUCAUCAGAUGUGUCCGAUUAUGAGAUGUUGGACCAAUCAGAAGCUGAAGGCAUGAUUCCAACUGAUCAAACAGACAAUGGAAAUUCUAGUCCACUUGGAUCGGCAACUAAUUAUGUAGGAAAGUGGUUGGGGUAUUGAUUUGAUGUGGCAUGUCUAAAUGUUGUGUAACUUGGAAGAUUUCUUGAGGCUGUGUGUAAUUCUUAAUUCUGUCAAGUUAGUGUGCAUUUUCUGCUUCCUAUUGUGUCCACAACUGUUUGAUUUUUAUCUCGCUUGUGAAUCAGAUCAAGCAAAGUCAAGAGCAUAAGCAACUUCCUUUGUGCAUGAAAAUCUAAAUAGCUAUCUGCACCAUCUAAUCAGAUUAUAUUUCAGAAUGUGAGCUUGGCUCUUUUUCCACUGCUUAAUUGUAGGUUGCUUUAUCCAGAAAUGACCCAUUGUUUGGUGUGUGGCAUUUACGUUUGUAAGUCGUACAAUACAUUUUUAUUUAGAAAACUUAUUUCUAUGCCUGAAAGCUCAUAAUGAAUGUAAUGGUUAAAAGCUA